CCCGCGCCUGCGCCUCCGGGCGGCCGCGCAUCCUAGGCCCUCUCCCGCGCGCUUUGCUAGCUCUGCAGCUCUCGGCUCCUCUGCGCCUGGCUCCUCUCCGUUGAGCUCGGUCGGCUGUGCUCCAUUUGCUCCACUCCUUGCUCAGGCGCGGGCCGCAAUGAGGCUGCGGGGUCGCGGGCCACGGGCCGCCCCCUCCUCGAGCUCUGGGGCUGGCGACGCACGGCGGCUAGCGCCCCCGGGGCGGAACCCCUUCGUACAUGAGCUGCGACUGAGCGCCCUGCAGAAGGCCCAGGUGGCUUUCAUGACGUUGACGCUGUUCCCCAUCCGGCUCCUGUUCGCUGCUUUCAUGAUGCUGCUGGCCUGGCCCUUUGCACUCGUGGCUUCUCUGGGACCUCCUGAUAAGGAGCCAGAGCAGCCCCUGGCCUUAUGGAGAAAGGUCGUGGACUUCCUGCUCAAGGCCAUCAUGCGUACCAUGUGGUUUGCUGGCGGCUUCCACCGUGUAGCUGUGAAGGGGCGGCAGGCCCUGCCUACUGAGGCUGCUAUCCUCACCCUGGCUCCACAUUCCUCCUACUUUGAUGCCAUCCCAGUCACCAUGACCAUGUCCUCCAUUGUGAUGAAGGCAGAGAGCAGAGACAUUCCAAUCUGGGGAACUCUGAUAAGAUACAUCCGGCCCGUGUUCGUGUCCCGCUCUGACCAGGACUCUCGAAGGAAGACAGUGGAGGAGAUCAAGCGACGGGCACAGUCGAAUGGAAAGUGGCCUCAGAUAAUGAUUUUUCCAGAAGGAACAUGUACCAAUAGGACCUGCCUCAUUACCUUCAAACCUGGUGCAUUCAUUCCUGGAGUUCCUGUCCAACCCGUGGUGCUACGCUACCCAAACAAAUUGGACACCAUCACAUGGACGUGGCAAGGACCCGGAGCGUUGAAAAUCCUGUGGCUCACUCUGUGCCAGUUUCAAAACCAAGUGGAAAUUGAAUUUCUGCCUGUGUAUUGCCCUUCUGAGGAGGAGAAGAGGAAUCCUGCCUUGUAUGCUAGCAAUGUGAGGCGUGUCAUGGCCAAGGCCCUGGGUGUCUCGGUCACUGACUACACAUUUGAGGACUGCCAGCUGGCUCUGGCAGAAGGACAACUUCGCUUGCCUGCUGACACCUGCCUGCUAGAGUUUGCCAGGCUUGUUAGGGGCCUCGGACUAAAACCAGAAAAUCUUGAAAAAGAUCUAGACAAAUAUUCAGAAAGCGCAAGGAUGAAGAGAGGAGAGAAGAUCAGGCUUCCAGAGUUUGCAGCCUACUUGGAAGUUCCUGUCUCAGAUGCGCUGGAGGACAUGUUCUCACUUUUUGACGAGAGUGGUGGUGGUGAGAUUGACCUUCGUGAAUAUGUGGUUGCCUUGUCUGUGGUGUGCAGGCCAUCCCAGACCUUAGCCACCAUCCAGCUGGCAUUCAAGAUGUACGGAUCUCCUGAGGAUGGCAGCAUAGAUGAAGCCAACCUGUCCUGCAUCCUCAAGACUGCACUGGGUGUAGCAGAAUUAACAGUGACCGACUUGUUCCAGGCUAUUGAUCAAGAAGAGAAGGGAAGAAUCACAUUUGAUGACUUCUGUGGGUUUGCAGAAAUGUACCCUGACUAUGCGGAGGACUACUUGUACCCUGAUCAGACACAUUUUGACAGCUGUGCACAGACACCCCCGGCACCAACUCCCAAUGGCUUCUGCAUUGACUUUAGUCCUGAGAACUCAGACUUUGGGAGGAAGAAUUUUUGUAAGAAAGCGGACUAGAAUGGAAAAUUCCAGAGGGAUGAGGCCCCUCCCGUAUCACCACCUGCCUCCAGUGGCCUGGAGUCUGUGUGUUGCGCCUUCUACCUUUCCCUGACUCUGUGUCUGCAGACCUGAGGUCCAAAAGACUUGUCAUGUUAUUGUUUUCUGUAAAGUCUGUCUCAGGGCCCAGCUGGGCAUUUGCAGGGAAGCUAUAUGUGUGUCCCACCGGCCCAUUGCAGGCAGGCGGGCGGGCAGGUGGGUGCUCGGGGCCUCCCUGUGGGGCAGGACUCCACAGGCUGAGUGGGCACAGGUAUGGCUGUGUGCUCACCUAGAAUAUGCUGGUCUUGUGUUGGUGUCUUUCCCCUCUUUGUGUGUGCGGUGUGCACAAUGCAGGACCUCUGUGCGCAUGCCGCGCGUUCCCACCCUGGAACAGUCACCUUGUCCUAAUUUCAUGCCUCUGCCGUCUCUGGCUCACAUGACGGGGCAUCAUCGGAUUCUAAGUGUUUCUGUGUCCGUGCAGGAGCUCGUGACUCUUUUAUAAACCUCACUUAGGUACUUUGAAAACAUUCAACAUUUUUUUAAAAAAGAAAGAAAAUUGGUUUUCUACUUCAUUUUUCACCUUAAUGUAAGGAUAUUUAUUUCCAGGCUUGCUUUUGAUAGACUCUGAGACGUCCUGGUGGCCGCAGCUUAAAGGGCCUCUCUGCCCUCCUCCCAUUUAGGUCAUGGGACAUUUCACCACAAAGACUGGCCCCGGGAUCCUUUUCUGCUCUCCUUGAGCCUUGACUCUCCAUCUUUUUUUUAUAAACAUUGCCAGUUUGGUAUUUCAGUUUCAAUAUGACAAAGUCUACUUCAUGUAACUAGUAAAAGCAUUGAAUGUGGGUAGAGUCAGCCAGAAGGAAAGAACUGGAAAGCGUCCCCUUAUCUUCGUGCUGAUUUUAGCCCUCUGAGCAGACUUACUAAGAUGGCCGGGAGGCCCUGCCCAAAGCCCAUCACCCUCUCUUUGCACCAGUUACCAUGGUGACUUAGGAAAAGUAGCCACCGACUGAGCCACUCUGUGAGGGUGACAGCUGCAGGGGGCAGGUCAUGGAGUUUGCUGUGCUUGGCCCUUCGUGAAAUCAGGAAGGAACAGGGUCCAGGCUGUCACCUUUGGCAUUACCUGGUUUCGUCUUCUUUAAUGACAGACUUAGCGUAAAGCACAGAGACUGUAGGUUUAGUUUGUUUCCUAAGCUUUGUAAUCUUGUUUUUUUACUCCUAAAUUAGAUUUUUUUUUCUAUGUGGGGCAUUGCUAUAGGAAAUGACCACCAGGCCAGUAAAUGCAGGAAAAAGUGUUUUCUGAGUUUCUCAGAGGGAAUGUUAGUGUGUGCUUUUCCCCAAGAGAAAUCCAUAAACAAAACCUGUCAACCUCAGUCACACAGCGCCACACUGCCGCAGGAUGGGCAGGGAGAUUGAUUUCUGAGCUCUUAGCUGGUUAGGUAUGAAUGAAAUGUGAACACAGCCUUUGUAGCUAACGGGUUGGUUUUAUAACUGUAGAGUACAAAUUUUCAGAAGAGAAAAGCCACUAAAAAAAGGCCAAUGAAGGAGACUGGUGAACUAAGAUGUCCCGAGGCUGGGGCUCUGCCCUGCCGCCAUCUGCAAGUGACGGAUUCCUGAGGAAUGCCACUGGUCAUGUUGAAGGAAUCCUGAGCAGACCUGGGACGGAUGUUCAUCCUCCUGAUGACUCUCGAUAGUAACCUUGGUCCGCGCAUCAAAACUGUGAAUGUACAUAGCGGGCAGGGGAAGGGGCAGUGCCCGCCCUGCCUGCAGGCUCCUUUGGGGUGCGGGCUUCAGGUUUUCAGUGGAAUAAACACAACACAACAUAAA